GGAGGGGAGAAUCGAGAACUGCCGGCCUAGCCAGGCCGAGAUGCAAUUGCCCUGGUGGUGGGAGCUAGGCGACCCUUGUGCUUGGACUGGACAGGGUUGGGGGACACGCAGGAUGAGCCCCUCGACCACUGGCACCUUCUUGCUGACAGUGUACACCAUCUUCUCACAGGUGCACUCUGAUCGGGAUGUGUACCCAUCUGCUGGAGUCCUCUUUGUUCAUGUUUUGGAAAGAGAAUCUUUUAAGGGAGAAUUUCCACCUUACCCCAAACCUGGUGAGAUUAGUAAUGAUCCCAUAACAUUUAACACAAAUUUAAUGGGUUAUCCAGACCGACCUGGAUGGCUUCGAUAUAUCCAAAGGACACCGUAUAGUGAUGGAGUCCUAUAUGGGUCUCCAACAGCUGACAAUGUGGGGAAGCCAACAAUCAUUGAGAUAACUGCCUACAAUAGGCGUACCUUUGAGACUGCAAGGCAUAAUUUGAUAAUUAAUAUAAUGUCAGCAGAAGACUUCCCGUUACCAUAUCAAGCAGAAUUCUUCAUUAAAAAUAUGAAUGUAGAAGAAAUGUUGGCAAGUGAAGUUCUCGGAGACUUUCUUGGGGCCGUGAAAAAUGUGUGGCAGCCGGAGCGCCUGAACGCCAUUAACAUCACGUCGGCCCUGGACAGGGGGGGCAGGGUUCCGCUCCCCAUUAAUGACAUGAAGGAGGGCGUUUAUGUCAUGGUUGGUGCAGACGUCCCAUUUUCUUCUUGCUUACGAGAAGUUGAAAAUCCGCAGAAUCAACUGAGAUGCAGUCAAGAAAUGGAGCCUGUAAUCACAUGUGAUAAAAAAUUUCGUACUCAAUUUUACAUUGACUGGUGCAAAAUUUCAUUGGUUGAUAAAACAAAGCAAGUGUCCACCUAUCAGGAAGUGAUUCGCGGAGAGGGGAUUUUACCUGAUGGUGGAGAGUACAAACCCCCUUCCGAUUCUUUGAAAAGCAGAGACUAUUACACGGAUUUCCUAAUUACACUGGCUGUGCCCUCGGCAGUAGCAUUGGUCCUUUUUCUAAUACUUGCUUAUAUCAUGUGCUGCCGACGGGAAGGAGUGGAAAAGAGAAACAUGCAAACACCAGACAUCCAACUGGUCCAUCAUAGUGCUAUUCAGAAAUCUACCAAAGAACUUCGUGACAUGUCCAAGAAUAGAGAGAUAGCUUGGCCCCUGUCAACACUUCCUGUGUUUCACCCAGUAACAGGGGAAAUCAUACCUCCUCUCCACGCAGACAACUAUGAGAGCACCAAUAUGCCAUUGAUGCAAACGCAGCAGAAUUUGCCACAUCAGACUCAGAUUCCCCAACAGCAGACUACGGGAGAUUUUCGUUUGACAACUUUUCAAAGAUUUGAGGUAAAUGGUAUCCCUGAAGAAAGAAAACUGACGGAAGCAAUGAAUUUGUAAUGCGACAAUAUAGCCGUUAUAGCUUAUUUCUUCUCUCUUCCAAUAAUGCAUGAGCUUUUCUGGCGUGUGUUGUGCAUGUCGACAGUAUUAAGUAUGUACCAAAUAAUACAAUAUAACUUUCAUUUUACUAAUGUAUUUCUUUUGUACUUAAAGCAUUUUUGACAAUUUGUAAAACAUUGAUGACUAUAUAUUUGUUACAAUAAAAAGUGAUCUUUAAAAUAAAUAUUAUUAAUGAAGCCUAACGUCUGGUGAAAUUUACUUCAAGAAGUGUUCGAUUGCCUCCUAUAUAGUGGGAAGCUUUUGUUGCUAAGGAACAGGUUCAUGUGGUCAUUCUUC